AUGGAUAGCGCAGAAGUAAUUAACAAUGAGGACGGAAUAGAAACUGUUGAAAACGAGGAUGACAUUGAUUUCUCCGAAGAAAGAGAAUUAGUUAGUGAUUCAUGUUCAACAAAGAUUUUGGACAGCGAGUCCGAGCCCUUGGACAGAUAUCGCCUUGUUUAUUUUCUAUUCUAUUUAUUUGGUAUAACUUCCCUUGUUCCAUGGAACUUCUUGAUAACUGCUAAUGACUAUUGGAUGUAUAAAUUCAGAGAUGUAGAGCCUAACAAUUUGACAAUGUAUGUAAGAAAAACACAGUUUCAAGCUGAAUUUACAUCCUAUCUCAAUGUUGCUACAGCAAUACCAAACUUGGUAUUUCUAAUACUUAAUUCCCUAUAUGGACAUUUAGUAUCUGUAAGAAGUAGACUCCUAGGGUCACUAAUUGUAGUGACUUUAUCAUUUAUUGUUACCACAUCGCUGGUGCUUGUGGACACAGAUGAAUGGCAGAAUACAUUUUUCAUUGUUACAAUGAUAACAGUGGUUAUUAUGACUGCUGCCAGUGCGAUUUUCAUCUCGGGCCUAAUGGGGACUGCAAGCAAAUUCUCCCGCGAGUACAUGGCAGCUGUGAUCAGUGGGCAAUCAUUGGGUGGGAUAAUAGCUGCCGUUGCGCAGAUUAUAUCGCUUGCCUUUAAAAUAUCACCCUUACACAGCGCACUAAUUUACUUUUGCAUCGCCGACUUUAUGGUCAUAACCUCCCUUAUUUCGUAUGCGUUCCUAUACAAAAUCGACUUCUUUUCGCAUCACGUAUUGAGGGGCAAUGGUAUGGUUGUUAAUAGGAGCCGGGAGGCGUAUCUAACGAUUGUCUUGAAGAAAGUUUGGGUGUACGCUUUUAGUAUUUUCGCGGUGUAUGCGAUUUCGAUGUGUGUCUACCCUGCUGUUACUGUACUGGUUGAGUCACAUCCGGCUACAUCAGGGACCGAUUGGAAUAAUAUAUUCUUUGUGCCCGUCGUGAAUUACCUUAUAUUUAACUGCGGUGACUACGCGGGACGACUGGUCGCUGGAUUUAUUCUUGGGCCCACAAACCAAUGGGUCAUCGCUGCAGCUAGUAUAUUCCGUGUUAUCGGAGUACCUAUGCUGAUGUUCUGUAACGCUCAGCCACGGAAGCACUUGCCUGUGAUCUUCCUGUGGGACUACGAGUACAUCAUGAUCAUGAUUGUCUUCUCUUUUACGAAUGGAUAUUUGACCAAUAUCGUCAUGGUUAAUGCUACGAGAGUCGUAGAUAUGCAUGAAAGAGAAAAGGCUUCGUCAAUAAUUGUUACAAUGUUGAGCGUUGGUCUCACCGCGGGAGCAGCUAUUGGAAUGUUACUAGUUCGAGUACUGUGA